AUGUUGAAUUCACCAGGAACAACAGUUUUCCAUUGCAGAGAUGACCUUUCCAUGGUGAAGAUCAAGACAUUAGGCAUAACCUCUAAUAAAAGGUUGUCUCUGCAACAGAAGUCUGUUGUUCCUGAUUUGACAUGUUUAUAUGAGCCCAACAGUGUGUGUGAAAUUGCAAGUUUUGCCAUUUGCCAAAUAUUAUUUUGUGCCCCAGGACUUCAGAACAGUAAAGAAUGCCAUUGUUUUGCUUUCACUCAUAGCCAUGGUGCAACAGCUGAAUCUGCUAUUUUUCAGUGUCAUGUGUUUAAAUGUGAUGUUCCAGAAGCAGUUUCAAAGGUAUUAUUAUGUUUGGCAGCAGCAUUCAGAAGAGUGCCAAAACUUCAAAGUUGUAAAGCAGAUUCUGUUUGUUCAGAAAACACAUCUCCUUCUAAAGAAAAUGAAAUUACAUGCAUUUUUGAAACAACAUUAGAUAUAAAAGAAGAAGAUUCAAAGGGAAAUUUUGUUUGUUGUCCAAAAGAAAAAGAUUAUUUCAAAUUACAUUGUACAAAGGAAAAAACUGUUACAAUAACAGUGCAACAAAUCUGUAAUAAUGAAGAAUUAAUUAUAGAAAGAUGUUUUGGUUUACUUAUAUCUCCUGGAAGAAAUGUAAAACAAAGUGAUAUGCAGCUACUUGAAAUGGUUUCAUUUAACAAAUCAUCUGUUGGAUCUAAAACUGUAACUCAAUUUACUGGUCAUUGGAAUCCAAAUGAGCCUCCAUUUGAAGUAUUAAAUAAGGAGACGCCAAAAGAUACAAGAGUAUAUAUGACCGUUGCUGCCGAUUUGGUUAUCGAAGGCAUUUCUGAACCAGUACGAUUUGUUAUAGAAACAAAAGCAAAGAUUCUUCCACAGAAUGAACGUUUCUGGUAUUUUAAUAAAAAGUCUCAUAUUGAACAAUUCUACUUAAAAUUAAAGGAAGUUGAAGUAAACGCAGGUGGAGAUUUUGCAUAUAAUGUUGUUCAUCUAUAUAAUGCUAGCCAACUACAGAGGAAAAGGGCAUCUCUUAAAUUAAAUUUAAAGAAAUCCCACAAACUUGAUGAAAAAUCAUCAGAGAAUGCAGAGAAAGAAUCAGAUUCAGAUAAUGAUGAGCCCCUUCUUAGUGGUACUGGUGAGGUGAGCAAAGAUUGUACUGAAGGUGAGCUGGAAGGAUGGGCAGAAGUUUUAAACAAGUGGAGGCAAAAUCUAAAGCACAGACCAAAACAACUAGCCUCUCUUGUACAAAAGGGUAUUCCGGAAGCUCUCAGGGGUGAAGUUUGGCAGCUUCUAGCAAGAUGCUACAACGAUCACGAAGCUGUAGAGAUGUAUCAGAAACUCAUUACGCAGAAUUCAUCAUGUGAAAAUGCUGUUCAGAGGGAUAUUAAUAGGACUUUCCCGGCACAUGAAUUUUUUAAAGAAAAUGGAGGAGCUGGCCAAGAAGCGUUGUAUAGGAUUUGUAAGGCUUACUCAGUCUAUGAUAAAGAAAUUGGUUAUUGUCAGGGACUUUCAUUUCUUGUUGCUGCUCUACUGUUACAUAUGCCAGAAGAACAAGCUUUUAACGUAACAAUGAAGAUUAUGUUUGACUAUCAUUUACGUGAUUUAUUUAGAGAUAGCUUUGCUGAAUUACAUUUGAAAUUUUAUCAAUUAGAAAGAUUGAUGGAGGAUCAGAUGCCUGAUCUGUACAAUCAUUUUGGAAAUUUGGGAAUAGAAGCGCACAUGUUUGGGUCACAAUGGUUUUUGACUUUAUUUACUGCUAAAUUUCCUCUCAAUGUAGUAUUCUACAUCCUUGAUUUGUUUCUUCUAAAUGAAAUGGAUACAAUAUUUCAAGUUUCUUUAGCUCUGCUUAUGCUAUCUAGGAAAGAACUGUUGGCAUUAGAUUUUGAGGGUGUUCUCAAACAUUUUCGAGUGACCCUGCCAAAAAAGUACCGGUCGGAAGAAAGCGCACAGUAUAUGCUUCGAACUGCAGUCGGAGUUAAGAUAAAAAAAUUGAAAAAAUAUGAGAAAGAAUACUUCAUUCUGAAGGAGCAGGAAAAACUAAGAGAAGAUCCCUUGGAAAGACUUAAGAAUGAGAAUAAAUUUUUGAGAGAAAGUAAUAUACGACUAGAACAAGAAAAUGAUGAUUUGGCACAUGAAUUGUUGUCAUGCAAGAUAAGUUUGCACAAUGACCUUGAUAUUGCCGAAGACAAGGCAGAAGCACUAAACAACGAGUUGUUGUCUGCAAAAACUUCCUUAAUAGAUGCAGAAGACGAAAAGAAGCGAUUAGAAGAGGAAGUUAUUCAGCUUAAAGAAAUGUGUCGCAGAGAACUGGAAAGGACAGAAGACGAAAUCAUUCGAUGUAAUGCUAUUAUUGCAGAUUACAAACAAAUCUGCAGCCAAUUAAGCAAGCGGUUGGAAAAAGAGCAAACGUCUGGAAGAGAAACCGUUGAAACUGUAAUGGAGUGCGUCAAGACUUGCGAGAAAUGUUGCAAACAGUUGGAAGAACGCAACGUGAUCAGGACGGGCGGCAAACUGAAGAAGAUGGACUCCCAAGACAAACUGUCGACGGUCCAGGAACUGGAAGAUCACGUGAAGGAACUGGAGCUGGAACUGGCGCAGACCAAGUUGGCUCUGGUGGAGUCCGAGUGCAAAAAUCAGGAUCUGACUCAUCAGUUGAACGGGGCGGUGGCCGAGCUGCAGGCUUCGAAGAACACGUGGCUCCACAAGACGCUGUCGUCCAUCAGGGACGUCACCAGGAAGGAGCCCCCCGGCGGAAGGGAGAACAAGGAAUAAAGAGGGUCGACCCGGGAGGGAGAGGUCACAACUGUUUUCUAUUCGGAUGUAAAUAUGUGUAGCCAUUGGAGAAAUAAAGAGGUGGGUGCCGCC